UUCCCAUUGAGAAGUGAGGAUUGUCAACAUGUUAUUCAUUUAUUCUUUGUGGUUGUGAACCUAGUUCUAUCAUGGCAUGUGUAGGUGAAAUCUUUAUUGCAGCAAGUACUAAUUACAUGGACUUUCCACUCAAUCCACCGACAGCUCAUGCAAUAAUUUUCCCUCUCAUACGGCACACAUAGAGUUACCCUUUCAUUUUUCCUCUUAAAACUGCACCUUACUCACCGCUUCAUAUUUAUGAUCUCUGCAGUUCUCAUAAGUCUUUCUCCUCAGGAAACAUGGUACAAACAAGGAAGUUCAGAGGUGUCCGGCAGCGACAGUGGGGCUCUUGGGUAUCAGAGAUUCGCCAUCCUUUACUGAAGAGAAGGGUAUGGCUAGGCACAUUCGAGACAGCUGAGGCUGCGGCAAGAGCAUACGACCAGGCUGCCAUUUUGAUGAAUGGACAAAAUGCCAAGACCAAUUUUCCUGUAGCAAAGGCUGAUCAACCUGGUGACACAAAUGCUUGCGAUGAUGACUCUCCACUGCCUCCCAAGGCCCUCUCCGAGCUCCUGAAUGCGAAGCUCAGGAAGUGUUGCAAAGACCAAUCACCUUCUCUCACUUGCCUGAGGCUUGACACUGAUAAUUCUCAUAUUGGAGUCUGGCAAAAACGCGCAGGCACUCGUUCAAGCUCCAGCUGGGUCAUGAGGGUUGAGCUAGGGAAUAAGAAGGCGCCGGCAUUAUUGGAAGAUGGAUCAGCAUUGACAUCAGGGUCAGGGUCGUCGUCUCCUAUGGCUGACGAGAUUGAAGCUGGAAGUGUAAUGGGAGAAGAGGAUAGGAUCGCAAUGCAGAUGAUAGAAGAACUACUCAACUGGAAUUGCCCUAUGACUUCAAGCUCAGGUGGAGUUUAGAAAAGACAUAAUCCUUAAAUAGCAUGUGUACAUCCCUCUGUAAAACUACUCAAGUCCUUUUCAUUUCACCUUUCCUGGUCAGAAAAUCAUUCUUACUGUAAAACUGGUGCAACAAUAUGCAGUAUCUUACCUGGUAAUUGUGAAAUUUACCAUAUGAAACAAAUGUAUAUCAGCACCUACACAACUGUUUAACCUACUAAUCCAAGCUUCAAUGUCAGUUAUGUGUUAGAUUUUCAUAAGCCUGAAGCAAGUUCCUGGUUCUGGACCAUGAAUUAGCCAUAUGUCUGAUAUGCAGCAAAUUGAUCAUUACUAGUUUGAUUUA